AAUAGAAUUUAAUUAUCGAAGAAUCGAUCCAUCUUAGAAUUUAAUUUAUAACGAAUGAAAUACCAGGUGAAUUCUUCACUGAUUGGCAGGUUCUUCGCAAGUUGCAGCAUUCAAAUUUUAAUUGAUGCCCACACAAGUAGAAGUUCACUGGCUCAAUUUGUGUGCAGGCCAAAUUAGCAGAUUUGGUUUGCAAUAUCUUCGAGAACAUUCUUAGGCUACAGCCUCGCUAUUUGGUUCCAGUUUCUCCAAGAACAUUCACAAUCAACAGCCUGCUGAUUUAUCUCAUUGCUCGUUCACCCUAGACUUCAUUAGAAGUGGAUUUGGACAAUAACCCAAAAACUAAUUGCCAAGAUUUGAAAAGAUUGAUAGCAUGCAGACAUUAAGCUUGGGGAUCCUACUCUCCUAAUGGGAUUUCAAUGGCCUUGGACCUUUGUGUCACCCACUUCCAAUCCAAGAUUAGUGUUUCGGAUGAAAUCAGAAGAUUGUGUAAGCAGAAACGCUUGAAAGAGGCAUUACAGAUUUUGCAGAGUACGAACUACCAUAAUGUGGGUUUAUCUGCAUAUGUUUCUCUUCUGCAGGGUUGUGUAAACAUCAGAGCCCUGCCACAGGGCAAAUUAGUCCAUGCCCACAUCAUUCAGUCUGGAAUUCAAUGCGAGGGAACAUUUUUUUGGAACAAUCUGCUAACCUUGUAUGCGAAGUGUGGAAGUUUGGUGGAUGGUCGCAGAGUUUUGAACCAAAUACCCAAUCCUUGUGUCAUUUCAUGGACUGCCAUGAUCACAGCUUAUACCAGAUAUGAACAUGCUGAUGAUGCCUUAGCUCUUUUAAAACAAAUGAGAAGGACAUGUAUUAAACCCGAUCACUUUACCUUUUCUAGCAUUCUCCCAGCAUGUACGAAUUAUAGUGUUUUGAAGGAGGUUCAUGGAGAGAUUGUUACCAGCGGGUUUCAGUCGGAUGUGUUUGUUGGAAAUGCCCUGGUAGACAUGUAUGCAAAAUGUGGGAGUUUAGAGAAUGCACGCUAUCUGUUUGACAAAAUGCCCAAUCGAAAUGUUGUGUCAUGGAAUGCAAUGAUUGCGGGUUAUGUGCAUAAUGGGCACUUUGAGAAAUCUCUGAGACUCUUUGAGAAUAUGCCUGAGCGAGACGAUGUUUCGUGGACGACGAUGAUUGCGGGAUAUGGGCAGAAUGGAAAUGUUGAACGGGCCUUGGAGUUUUUCAAUCGGAUGCCUGAUAGAAGUUUGGUUUCGUGGAAUGCCAUGAUUACGGUGUAUGCACAGAAUGGAUUUCUGGACGAGGCCAUGAAGUUGUUUGAUCUAAUUCCGGAUCGAAUUGUUGCAGCUUGGAAUACUAUGAUUGCAGGAUAUGCACAAAAUGGGCGUUGGGAAUAUGCCCUAAAUCUGUUUGAACAAAUGCAACUGGAGAGUGUGAAACCAAAUGUAAUGACAUUUUCCAGUGUUCUCCCAGCCUGUGCCAGCUUGACAGCUCUAGAACGCGGUAAGGAAAUACAUGAACAGAUAAACAAGAGCGGGUUUCAGUCUAAUGUCUUUGUAGCAAGUGCGCUUGUACACAUGUACGCGAAAUGUGGGAGCAUAGAAAAUGCACGCAGUGUGUUUGACAAAAUGCGCCAAAGAGAUGUGGUAUCCUGGACCGCCAUGAUUGAAGCAUAUGCAAUGCAUGGCUCUGCAAGGGAGGCCCUUGAGCUCUUCAAACGAAUGAUAUGCUCCGGUACAAAACCAAAUCAGAUUACCUUAGUUGGAGUCUUGUCUGCAUGCUGCCAUGCUGGUUUAGUGGAUGAAGGUUGGCAAUAUUUUAACAGUAUGAGUCAAUGCUACCAUAUCGUACCUACAAUGGAGCACUACGGUUGCAUGGUUGACCUUCUUGGUCGCGCUGGGCAGCUGGACAAGGCAGAAGAUUUUAUCAAAAGAAUGCCAAUAAAACCUGAUGUUACCAUAUGGAGAUGUUUGCUUGGUGCCUGUAAAGCUCAUAACAAUGUACAGCUUGGAGAGCGUGUGGCAGAACACCUUUUUGAGUUGGACCCUGAAAAUGCCUCGCCAUUUCUGCAGUUGGCAAAUAUCUAUGCUGCAGCAGGCAGGUGGGAUGGUAUUCAGAAGGUGCGGAAAAUGAUGAAUGAGAGACAGAUAAAAAAGAUGCCUGGAUGUAGUUGGAUUGAGGUUGACAAAAUGAUUUAUUCUUUUGUUGUAGGAGACACUUCACAGUCACAAACAGAAAAUACAUGGGGAACAUAGGACAAAUUGACUAGGCCAAAAAAAUGUAUGCUUAAACCAAGAUUUGAAAUGGAUACCGUCCAGGAGAUAAGGCUUGAAUCCUUUUCAAAUUAUAGAGAGAAAAUGGCAGCUGCAUGGCUAUCUCACUAAUAGCAAGCUGGACUUGAAUCGCACACUCUAAGCAUUGACUGUUAAAAGUGGCUGUGUCAUAUAGGAGACCCUCAACUCUUUUGCCAGUUUCCUUAACCGGUACCUUUCCCAAUUACCGUUUCCAUACAGUGUUUGGUCAAUAAAAGUCCUGUGCAGUAUUUGGUCAAUCGAAAACCUGCUGUUCCUGCACUAAUAGCUCACCUCUGCAUUUGCUUGUCAGUUCAGUAGGUCUGCUGUAAGGUGAUUCUCUUGAAAGGAACCUCUUCUAUGCAUUCCAUGAGACCACAUUUAUUUGAGGCAUUCUGUAAAACAGUUCACUGUGUUGUCUAUGCUUCAACAUUUUGGAUAUCCUGCAAACACGGCUUCCUUUAAAUACAAGUUUUUCCAUUGAAACUUGUUCUACACCGCCAGACUUUGAAUACCAGAGUAUUGAAAUAUGCUUCGUCUCAUACAGGACAUCUUUUAAGUUUCAAAAGCAUAUGCUUCUUCAGCAACAAUCUCAUUGAGUUUUUAAGUAGGAGAUACCAGUUGUAUUUGAGUUUAAUUCAGAUUUCGAAACAUCUGGGUGCGACAUUUUGGAAUUAUAGAAUGGCAUCCUCUCGUUUAUUGCAAUCACGCAAUGAGAGCCUUUGUAAAGACAAACACUCAGCAGGAGUGAUGGGAUUUGCAAGAAUCAAAACUUCCAAGCUAUAACAUCUGACAACAAUCCCCCUUCCUUU